AUGUAUGAGGGAAGCAUAAGGACGGAGAAUGGUGUAAGAACAUGUGUUGAUUUUGAAAAGAGAAGCAAGGUGGUGGGGUGGGGUUUGCGAAAGACUCCUCCAAAUCCUCUGUUUGAUGAUAUCCUUCUCUUUGAUCCUGCCAUGGAAGCACUAUCCAUCUUCAUUUCUUCAAUGAACUCUUUUUCUGUGCUUGCUCUUAGAAAUGGAAAUGAGAAGAAAGAAGGACAAUCAGAAUUAAAUAUGGUUCAGCAUCCCUUGCCCCAAAAGGAAAAUAAAAUAAGCCAAAGUGGCUUUGCACAAGCCAGAAAGCAUUUUGCUAAUGUAAUGGAUCAAAAGGGUAAAAAAAGUUGUUUUUCUCCACUGCAACAUCACAUAGGGGGCAUGAAAAAAGUAGGCAAGCCUGAGGACGUUAGUUUCAAGCCUUUGACUAAGAUUCCAUAA